CUUUACUCUAAUGACGCACGAACUUUUUCCCGCGUUCGGUAACCCGAGAAGAAUAAUUUAUAAGCUGUUGGGUAUAAACCAUGAUUUUUGUUAAGUAACGAUUCAUUGACGACAAUCUUUAUUACAUAAUUCUCUUCAUGGUACCUAAAAUUUAGUAAUUUAUCUUAUGAUCAUCCCGCAAAUGUGAACCAUUGACGUCAAUAAUGAUUGGAUAAUAUAGUUUUUGGUAUAAUUGCGAAAUGGCCACAAAAGAAGGAGGGUUAUUUAUGUUAUCCGAGAUGAUCUUGGUGUCGAAAUACUUGGCAGGAUUGAGAAGUUCAAGUUCUAGGAAUGUGUCCUGGAUUGAGUAAAACUGUGCUAAUAAAAUUAUUUAUUUAAUAUUAAACAGAUUAAAAAAUGAGAUGAUUUGCCAUUUGCAAUGUAUUUUUUCACCAUAAAUUAUUUCUCUUUAUUAAGCAUAAUAGACGCUAAACAAUAAAAAUAAUUGUGGAAGAGCUGCAGUUAUUGGUACCCCACCUUCAGAACCACCACAUCCCCGCAGCAUCCUGAAUUCACGUAUAUAAGUUGGUGAUCGUUCACAAAAGCUCAGAAUAACAAGACGGUGUCCAGGAGAAAGUGUUUAGGGAGAAGAGAAACAGGCCUAUAUAAAGACACCAAUCCAGUGCUCAAAAACUUAGUGUUGUGACAGUGAUCGAACUGAAGGAAAAAAUGUGGUUCAUCUUUUUGAUGGGUCUCUUGACCCAGGCACUUGCAACGCAAGUAUCGUAUCAACCGUCAGGUUCACUGUCCACUCCUGAAGAAGAUAAAAAUGACUGGACUUACACUCAACAUAACUCCAAUCCAUCGAAAUUUACUCUUCUUGAUGCUAAGUCUACGGCAUCUUCAAAUGAUGAUCUUAUUGAGAGAAUUUUUAUAUCCAAUCGUGAAGGCCGUCAUGUUGAAGGAUAUGAUGAACUCUAUGCUGAUCCUGGUGUCAAAAAUGCUCUUCAAGAUACAAAUGAAACAAUCGCUCGAGCUUACAUCAGGGACAAGCUUUGCGAUCUUGGAUUAAUGAAUUGUGAAAAUAUCGAAGGAAGACGUCCAUACUUCUCCCCUCAUCAUUAUGAUAUUCAUCCUCAUGAAGUAAUUUAUGCUCAACCCGUGACAAUUAAGCCAGUCGGCAGACCAUUACCUGCAAUUCCGGUCAAGAAACCUUUUGGUUAUGGACCACCAAAGCCAGGACUUGGCUUAUCUGGACCACCCUAUGGACCUCCUGGACCCGUUUAUGGUGCCCCAGGUCCCUUCUCUGGACCACCUCCUUAUACUGGCCCAGCCACUUUUAAUGGACCUUUCUCAACUUUUAAGAAACCUGGAUCCUAUAUUGGUAGCAAACCUGUUUACGAAGAAUCUCCAUUUGAUGGAGAAUACGAUUUUGGACCUGAAGAUAAACGAGAAUUCAUUGAAAAGAAACAAGUUAUUGUCCAGCCUGCUUCAUCAGUUCAACAACACGUUCAUCAUCAUUACCAUCAUUCUGAUGGAAAACCUUCAUCUGUGAUUGUCGGAACCCCUGGAAUCGCUGGACCGAUCCUUAGCCCUAGCUCACUCGGUGGACUUGGUAAUAAUCAUGGUUAUGGAUUAAGUGGUACUUAUGCUAAUUCAUAUGGAGAAUUCAACGAUUACAAAAAAGCUUUCAAAGUCAAUUCUCCAUCUGCUGGAAACAGUCUAGACCCAAUUACUACUAGUGGUAGCUAUGCUAACCGAUAUCCUUCUUACGAAAAACCAAAAAGAGAUUCUUUCUUUACUCCAAAAGAAGGUGGAAAAAUUUUAAACCCAGGUUUCGGUAAUUCAGGAAUUGGAUCUAAUAAUUUCGGAAACAAUUUCAAUGUAGACUCUGGUAGCUUUGGAUCUAAUGGAUUUGAUAAUGGACUAUCCAAUGGUUUUGAUGAUUGUAUUUGCGUUCCUUAUGAUCAAUGUAUUGCUAUCGAUCAUGCUGGACGUAAAGAUGAUUUGUUCCUUCCUAUUGAUCCCCGUAAUAUUGGAAAGAACAUCGAAGCAGAGAGUGAAGAAGUAGUUGUUACUGAUGGCAAUGGAACAAUGAGCAUUAUUAGAAUACCUAAAGGAGUUAAUAUUACAGAAGAAGCACAGCAUGUUGAAGAACAGAAGAAUUUAUCUAAUACUGCAGAAAGUGAUAAAUUAACUAAGAGAAGUAAACGAGAAGCUAAUCCUGAAGGAAAGAAAGAUAGAAGCAUUGAUGACGCUCAAGGCCGACUGAUCGGUAACUUUGACAAAUCAAAAUUGAACUUGAAACCUACUUGGGGUGUCAGCUUUGGUUUACCAAAUAGCGGACCUUAUCCAAUCAAUCCAUAUGGCGGGAAUCCACUAGUAAAUCCUUACUCAGGCUAUGGAGGUGGUAGCAAUGGUCUAAAUCUUGGUAUAGUCUCAGUAAAUCCUCUUGUAUCAGUCCAAGUAUCGAAAGACGAAUAUGGAGACAAGGUUGUUAAACCGUUUGUUAAUCUCCAUGUAACACCAAAUCAAGGAUUCGUACAUAAAUUGGGUCAUAUUCUUGCUAAUCAAAAGCAAGCUUUCCUUGGAAGUCUUCAUGGAGGUCAUGGAGGUCAUUACCAUGGAGGAUAUGCUCCAAAUUAUUAUCCGCCUCACUAUCAUCAAAAACCUCAAAGUCAUUACCACGACCAUCAUCAUCAUCAUCAUCACGGACAAUUCCAACCUUCUUGGACUGGAAAUAAUUAUGGACACUAUGGCGAACAUGGAAAUCAUUAUGGAGAAUAUCCCAGUGGAUAUGGAGGCUAUGGAGGAUUUUCAAGAGAUAAUAAUUAUUAUAGUGAUGAUGAAGACUAUAACGAUUUUUAUAGAAGCUCUAAAACUGAUGCUAAUGAAGCAGGAAAACAAGAAGGUUUCCAACAAGGAAAUACUGAUGGUCCAAGAGAGGGAAAAGUUGCCUUUCGAAACAGAAAGAAACGUGAGGUGGAUCAGGUGAAAAAAAUCGAAGAGAGACGAUUUGGUAGACCACCUGUUUGUGGACCAAGACAUGUUUGCUGUCGUAAGAAUCAAAUACGCCAAGAUCUUCAUCGUCCUAACUUUGGUCAAUGUGGAGUUAGGAAUAGCCAGGGAAUAAAUGGACGUAUCAAGACUCCAUCUUUCAUUGAUGGAGAUUCAGAGUUUGGUGAAUACCCUUGGCAAGUUGCAAUCUUAAAGAAAGACCCUGCAGAGAGUGUUUACGUUUGUGGUGGAACGCUGAUCUCUCCAAGACAUAUUUUGACUGCUGCUCACUGCGUCAAGACUCACAGUAGCUAUGACUUGAGAGCUCGUUUAGGUGAAUGGGAUGUUAAUCAUGAUGUUGAGUUCUAUCCUUAUAUUGAACGAGAUAUUGUCAGUGUAACGGUUCACCCUGAGUUCUAUGCUGGUACUUUGUACAAUGACAUCGCUAUUUUAAAGCUUGAUCAUGAUGUUGAUUUUGAGAAGAAUCCUCACAUUAGUCCAGCCUGUCUCCCAGAUAAACACGAUGACUUCACAGGAUCCAGAUGUUGGACCACUGGUUGGGGAAAAGAUGCCUUUGGAGAUUUCGGAAAAUACCAGAAUAUAUUGAAAGAAGUUGAUGUACCAGUAGUUAGCAAUUCUAUUUGCGAACAUCAGAUGAGAAGAACUAGAUUAGGACCAAGUUUUAAUCUUCAUCCAGGAUUUAUGUGUGCUGGAGGAGAAGAUGGAAAAGAUGCUUGUAAAGGAGAUGGAGGUGGUCCAAUGAUCUGUGAACGUAAUGGCCAUUGGCAGGUGGCUGGUGUUGUCUCGUGGGGAAUCGGUUGUGGUCAGCCUGGAGUUCCUGGAGUAUAUGCCCGUGUUUCCUACUACCUCGACUGGAUUCGCCAGGUUACUGGACAGUAUUAAGAAAUAACUUGAAUAUUCCAUUCUGGCCUUAAAUUACACUGAUGACAUGUUACUAUUUAUUCAUCAACUAAUUAAUGUGGAUUUGCGAGAGCAAAUUAUUUAUUAAAUAUAGUAUGUGAGCAUACUUAUUUAAGUUAUAAUAACUUAUAUUGUA